GCGAACGCGCGUAGAUAAUGCCGAUAAGAAACGUCGCAUAAAUGUUCGUUAAUUGCUUAUUGAAAUAAAAAUAUGGAUUUGCUAUACAUGGUAUCCUUGAUGGUCGUGGCCGUUAGAGCUGGCGAGGAACAGUAUCACAAGAAGUUUCCGUUGGGUCAUACUUUGGAACCAAAUAACAAGUAUGAUCUGCUAGACUACGAGCUAGCCAACACCGAGCUAUUAAUGUCUUUUGUGGUUUUUCGACAUGGAGACAGAACUCCAGACGAGGAAGAAUUAAAAAAGUUUCCAACAGAUACAAUAAAUUAUGACAAAAUAUUCUUUCCUUACGGGAAAAAAGCAUUAACGAAUAAAGGCAAACAGCGAGGAUAUCUCGUUGGAGAAUAUUUGAGAGAACGCUAUGACAACCUCAUAUCUAAAUUAUAUUUGCCCGAUGAAAUUUCCGUUCGAACAACAGACUUCUCUCGCACUAAAAUGACAGCGUUGACCGCCCUGAGUGCCAUUUAUCCACCUCCACCAGCCCAGAAGUGGAAUCCUUUCCUCAACUGGCAACCCGUACCUUACGAUACGCUAGCCUAUGAUGAUGACGAUCUGUUAUAUUAUUAUAACUGCCCCCGUUAUCUCGAACUAAGACAACAAGUAUACAAUUUACCUGAAGUGCAAAAAAAACUAAAGCCUUACGAAGGUCUCUUUAAGUUUUUAACAAUAAAAACAGGAACAGACAUAUCCGUACCAGAGGAUGUUUUCUAUUUAGAUAACUUAUUUCAGACUCUGGCCAACAUUGGCGUGAGAGCUCCAAAAUGGGCCAAUGACGUUAUGCCACAAAUAAAAGAAAUGACUAAAAUUGAAUACGCAUUGGAAUACCACACCAGUGAAAUGAUAAGAUUGGCAUCAGGAGUACUUCUGGCUGACGCAUUGAAUGCUACGAACGCUGCUAUCGAGGGCAAAUGGGAUCAACCAAAGUUACGUCUAUAUUCAGCACAUGAAAAUAACGUAGCUGGAUUCAUGGCAGCUAUGAAGGUGUUCAAACCACACCAGCCUAAAUAUGGAUCAACGAUAUCUUUAGAACUCAGAAAGAGAAUUCUGACAGGACAAUACGGUUUUACCGCGACGUAUGCGGCAGACGGCGGCGGCCCAGGAGUUGUGCUACCAAUCGCUGGUUGCGGAGGACAAGCGUUCUGCGAUUAUGACACUUUCGUUACUUUAACGCAAGAUCAUGUCAUAUCUCGAAGCGAUCAUAAAAAAGUAUGUUCGACUCCGAUUAGUUAAUAUAAUAAUUAAAUAUAAAACACUUUGAUCCUGUCGACUUUUACGAUUAAGAAAAAAAAGUGCAAUGUAGACGUUAAUAUAUUUAUACUUUGAGCUGUGAAAGUAAAUUAUUUUCAAUUAUUACAUAUUAUGUUGAUUCGGAAUGUGUUAAUUGUUGUGAACGUAUAAUACAAUAAACUGGCUGUGAUUUUCA